ACUGGAAACCAAAAAACAAUCACAGUUUAAAAAGGCAAAGCUAUUAAAUGGUCCCUUAACAGCACAUUCGUUUGAAAGGCCCUUUGAAGCAGAAAAAAAAGUGAAGUUACAGCAUCGAUGUCGUUGACCAUCCUGCGCGCGCCGUAUUUCCGACAGCAUUUGAACGCAGCAGCAGGCUGCUCCGCUCUCAGUCAGAGGAGCGGACAGCGCUACAGCACGAGGCAGGGACCGUCUCCACCGGGAGGGAAGGAAACGGACAAGUGCGAGCACCUGUUCACUGUCAGGACCCCACACCUGACGUCUGAGCUGUGACUGACGCCGGCUCAGCACGUCUGCUUUCCCUGGACGUUUGGUUUUUGCUUUUCUUUUUUUAAUCAUAUCUGUGGAUGCUCCCCGGAAGAGUGACGUCUACACGUUUUGCUGCACACAAACUCACAAGCUUUUUCCCCCGAGCUGUAGAGAGGGACUGAAUCUCAGCGCGUGGAGAGGAUCGUGAUGAUCACGUCCUCCUCCAUGGCAGCCGUGGUGCUUACGGGCGAGACCACCAUCCUGGUUACCUCAGGAUCCCGUUCUGGGCCCUGAUGCUCACCUCAGGCCGGCCCCUCAGGACUAAGAGCUGCAAAGUGAAACGCUAUGACCGAGACGAGGCGUGUGGCUGAGGUUGCAUCCUCUCAGAGAUUUGGUCUCAUCUUUCUCAUGAAGCAAAGUUGAUGGACAGACGGUUUGUCUUAUUUUUGCACAGACAUUCAUGCACCACAACCGGGAGCCAAGUGGGAAGGGCACUUGAAUACUUUGAGCAGGUAUUUCCCUUCUUUCCCUGAGAGGCCUGUUGGACAGGCCGGAUAUCUAACUGUGGGAGAGCCUGAGGACUCACUCACUUAUGGGAAAAUGGAGGCGGGAGCAGAGGCUAGUCCACAACAGCACCCGAGGAGGAAACCUGUGCUGCACUGCUUGGAGGACCAGAAAAGGAUCUACACGGACUGGGCCAACCACUACCUUGCCAAGUCAGGACACAAGCGUCUGAUCAAGGACCUGCAAACGGACGUCACAGAUGGAGUGCUGCUGGCUGAGAUCAUCCAGGUCGUAGCCAAUGAGAAGAUUGAUGAUAUCAAUGGCUGUCCCAAGAGCCGUUCUCAGAUGAUUGAGAACAUUGAUGCCUGCCUCAGUUUCCUGGCAGCCAAAGGAGUCAACAUCCAGGGUCUGUCUGCAGAGGAGAUUCGCAAUGGUAAUCUGAAAGCCAUCCUCGGCCUCUUCUUCAGCUUGUCUCGCUACAAACAGCAGCAGCAGCAGACCCAGCGGCAGAACUCGCAGCCCUCUCUCCCACCUGCCGCCCAGUGCCAGAGCACGCACCCUCCCCUGAGCCAGCAGAGCAGCGCCCCGGCACAGCUCAGCCACUCUCCGCAUGGGACUCCUGCUCUUACAGCCCAGAAAGCAGCACAGGCCGAGAUGCAGUCCAGACUUCCCGGCCCUUCAGCGAGGGUGUCCACUGCUGGCAGUGACAUCCCUCCAAGAGGCUCGGUCAGUGCUGCUGGGAACCGACGCAGCCAGGGCUUCAGUGACAAGACCAAAGCCAGCUCACACCUGAACAAAGAUUCCUCAGAGGGCAUGACCUCACAGCCUUCAGUGAUGACUGAGCAUGCUCCGUCAUCUGCAGUGACCGUCAGCUCCUCCACCAGCAUCCCUGCUGCUACCUCUGUCCUGAUUCCUCCACCAUCUUCAACAUCCUCCUCCACUACGGCCAUUCCCCAGCCCAACAGCAACGGCAAGCCCUGGAGGAGCAAGUCAUUGAGCUCCAAGCACACUUCCUCUCCUUCUCCCUCCUCUGGGAACACCCCGUCAUCUGUCAUGCAGUCCGUCAAGCAGGAGAAGGAUACCUCCUGUAAGGCUGUCCUGGCAAGUGAAGCACCUCCUAAGGUUGUCACUCAGAAGUCAAUGCUGGAGAAGCUUAAGCUCUUUAACAGUAAAGGAGGCUCCAAAUCUUCCACCUCUUCCAAUGGAGUUGGGGCCCAGAUUGACAAUGCUGCCCCAACCAGGCAGCUUGCAGUGGGGCAGGUGGAGAAAGCUGAGACUGGCUCUAACACAGACCCCCUGGAAGAAGAUGAUGGCAACGUUCGGCCGGGAAUGAAUGGGACCAGCAACGGGACAGCUUACGGUGGAGCUCCUUCAACAGGUACCACUGUCUCCGCAACUGCCAGCAGCCCCAAAAUCGCCCUGAGGGGCAUUGCCCAGCGCACUUUCAGCAGAGCUUUGACAGCCAAGAAAGGCUCUGUUAGAGGCACAGAGAAAGACAAAGAAAAGGACAAGGACAGAGGGAAGGAGAAGGAGAAAGGGAAGGAAACAGGGAAACGCACCUCUGUUCCUGACAGGACAGAGCUCAGGGGGGAGGACCCAAAGGAGGAAGUAGCACCCAUUGCUGUAGACACUGACAGCUCAAAUAAAAGGACCUCUAAAAUCACCAGCUUCAUUCCCAAGGGGGGUAAAGUGGCCAAAAAGGAGAGUUCCACCCCUGCACACAGUGGAAUACCAAAGCCAGGAGGCAAAGCCCCGGGAGUCGGGGGGAAAGCUUCCUCAGUGAAGGAGGUGAGCGAGAGGCCCCGGAGCAUGAGGUUAGGAGGGGGUCUUGCCAUGCACAGAGGCCCCCUUGACAGAGACAGGGACAGCAGACACUCCAGCUCUACUUCCAGUCUGGCCUCCACAGAGGGAAAGACGAGCACUGCCCCGGUGGCAGGAGGAGGCAGUACACAGAGUACAGCCAGCAACACUGUCAGUGUGCAGCUACCUCAGACUCAACAGCAUCACAGCCACCCCAACAUGGCCACCGUCGCACCUUUCAUGUACAGAUCCCAAACAGACGGCGAGGGACCAGCUAACCCCGAGACCGGCUCAGGAGGAAUAGGUGGAGACAUUUCCUUUACCAAGACCAGCCAGCUGUCCAUUGAGGAUCUUUCAGGUGAGGACCCAGAGACACGGCGGUUGCGUACUGUCAAAAACAUAGCAGAUCUGCGGCAAAACCUGGAGGAGACCAUGUCCAGCCUUCGAGGAACUCAGGUCACACACAGCACCUUGGAAACCACCUUCGAUGGCAGCGUCACCACAGACAUCAGCAGUGGCGGAGGAGGUGGCGGUGGUGGCAGCAACAACAGCGGAGGGGGUCGGAGCAUCCUCAGUCUCACUUCUACCCGCCCUUCCCUGUCAUCAUGGCGACUGGGCCAGUCUAGCCCUCGUCUGCAGGCGGGCGAUGCCCCCUCUAUGGGAAACAGUUAUGGCGGGCGUGUUGUUGGCGGCCAGGGAGGACGCUACCUGUACUCUGGGAACCUCCGACGGCAGCUGGCUGGCAGGGGAGGAGCCCUCUGUAGCGUGGACCUCGGAGACAGGGCUGGAGAGGACAUUGACUUGGACAGCAUCUCCAUGGAGGUGACAGGAUACAUGAGCGAUGGAGAUGUGUUGAGCAAGAACGUUGCACGCACUGAUGAUGUCAGCAGUGGUUACAUGACCGAUGGAGGUUUGGGUCUGUACACACGGCGCCUGAACCGCCUGCCUGACAGCAUGGCCGCCGUCCGAGAGACACUCCAUCGAAACGUGUCGUCCGGACAGGGAGAUGCUGACAGCUGGGAUGACAGCAGCUCUGUAAGCAGUGGCAUCAGUGACAACAUCGACACAGAUGACAUCAACACCAGCUCCUCCAUAUCCUCCUAUGCCAACACGCCUGCUGCACAGCGCAAGGGCCUCAGCACACAGCCUGUGACUGAUGCAGAGAAGCACUCGGCCUCCACAGCGGUACAUCAGGCCUGGUCAGGAGACGAGGUGAAGAGGCCAGACGGUGGGUCAGACAGCGGGGUCAGGAUGGAGUCGGGCUCCAAGUGGAGCCGCCGAAACCCCUCAGAUAUGUCUGACGAGUCUGACAAGGGCGGCUCAGGGAGGAAGACCCCUUCUGUGUCACAUACAGGCUCCUGGAGGAGAGGCAUGAGCACUCAGGUGGGGGUGACGUCCCCCCGGACUAAAAGCACCAGUAGCACAGGCCCCACAGGCUCUGUUGGCCUCAAGACCCACAGUUCAGGUAAAACAGAUGAUGUCAAGGUGUCAGAAAAGGGUCGUCUUUCUCCUCGUGCUAAUGGCCUUCACCGCUCGCCCUCAGAUGCAGGACGCAGUAGCGGCGACGAGGCGAAGAAACAAUCAAUCCCCACCAGCCGCACAGCGACCACAAACACCCUCACACAUACCAUUUCAGACCCCCACUCCCAGGCACAUACACUCACCUCACGCACCCCCACCAGCACCUUUGGCUUCAAGAAGCAGGGCCCUGGGAUGGUAACCAUGGUUACUGCCAGCGGCGCCACCAUCACAAGUGGCUCAGCCACCCUGGGAAAGUUGCCCAAAUCUGGGGCCCGCUCACUGGCAGGAGGGUUGAAGGCUGGUGGGCAGGAUGGCAGCUCAGUGCUGGGUCACCAUGAUGACAGCUUCCUCCCCAUGAGUGCCCGCUCCACCCUGCAGUACCGAAGCCUUCCGAGACCCAGCCGAUCAGGAGCAGCCGCCCGCAACGGAAACCGCUCCUCCACCAGCAGCAUAGAGGCCACCGUGCUUUCCGUCACAUCUCAAGGAAAAAACUCAAUAAGCAUCACCAAGGCCAACGGCUCGGGAGGCCUGCUGGCCAAUCAGACGGAUCGGGAAAAGGGCGUCUCUGAGAUCGACAACCUCAGGAGCGGAGUCUUGACGCAGAGUGGAGGAGCAGCAACUGUUCCUCUGACAGGAAGACAACAGGUUUCUUCACCUACACUGCGCAGGUUGUUUGGUGGGAAGCCCAGUAAACAGGCUCCUGUUACCACAGCUGAAAACAUGAAGAACUCCACUGUUAUCUCCAACCCCCACGCCACCAUGAACCAUGUAGCCACGGUGCUGGAGUCCCCUGACGGAGGGCUGGGAGGUGUGGACAGCGAGACCAGCAGCCCGCUGUUCUGUGGCAGAGUGCAUGGCUCAGGGAUGGGGACACUGGGCAGCGAGCAGGCUUCCAGUCCGGGCUCGGUCUACUCCUCCACUGGCCCCUCCAACAGCCUGACAUGGGGCACCACUUUCAGCAGCUCCUCCGCCCAGAGCAGGGAGAGCACGCUGGGCGGACACGGUGGGACAGGCAGCGUGGGAUACCCCUCCGUCAGCAGCAUGCACACCAGCAGCGAGUCCAUCGACAUGAGCCUGGGCAGCGUCGGCCACGGGACCCACAGGGAGGACACCCUGUCCGCCCUGGGACGCACUGGCAGCGUCAAGACCGGCAUGUCUGAGAGUCCCCUCUCCUCCCCCUCAGCUAGCCCAAUAUUCAGCCGAAACACGCUACCUCGGAAGCAGGACAGCGGGCCACACUGUGGUAGAAACACUCUGCCUAAGAAGGGACUCAGGUAUGGGCCGUCCCCGCAGCUGCGAGGCCAUGAGGAGGCCCGUGAUUGGCUGCGCUCCCACUCCACCAGCGGGCUGCAGGACUCAGCCAGUAACUCCCCGUUCUCCCCCGGCUCCAGUCUCACCUCCCCCUCCGGCACUCGCUUCAACUUCGGACAGCUCGCAUCCAGUCCAACCUCAGCAGCUCAGAUCAACCUUGCAGGUCUGCGCAACAACAGCCUGACCAAUCAGGACGCCCCCUUUGACCCUUGUGGCGACAACCGCCUGAGAAACUCGUGCAUGUCGCUUGACGAAAAGACUCGCACUAUGAGCAGAUCGGGCUCGUUCAGGGAUGGCUUCGAGGAAGUUCAUGGAUCAUCCCUGUCUCUGGUCUCCAGCACAUCUUCGAUUUACUCCACAAAUGAGGAGAAGUCGCAGUCGGAGAUCCGCAAGCUGCGCCGGGAGUUGGACGCCUCCCAGGAAAAGGUUUCCGCCCUGACGACACAGCUGAGUGCCAAUGCUCACCUGGUGGCAGCGUUUGAACAGAGUCUGGGCAACAUGACGAUUAGACUGAAGAGUCUCACCUUGACAGCAGAGCAGAAGGACUCUGAACUGAAUGAGUUGAGGAAGACCAUCGAGCUGCUGAAGAAGCAGAACGCUGUGGCUCAGGCUGCCAUCAAUGGAGUCAUCAACACUCCUGAACUCACUCCUAAAGGGGAGAGGACAGCCGGCAGUAACGGCAGUCACCAGCAGCAGCAGCAAAAUCAGCAGCCAGACCUGCGCAUCAGGAGGCAGCACUCCUCAGACAGUGUCAGCAGCAUCACCAGCGCCACCAGCCACUCCAGCGUGGGCUCCAACAUGGACGCUGACGCAAAAAACAAGAAGAAGAACAAGAAGAACUGGCUGCGAAGCUCCUUCAAACAAGCAUUCAGCAAGAAGAAAUCCCCCAAGUCGGCCUCUUCACACUCCGACAUCGAGGAGAUGACGGACUCCUCGCUGCCGUCCUCCCCCAAACUGCCCCACAACGGCACGGGAGCUUCCAGCCACAUGCUGAGGAACACACACUCCAACUCAAUAUUGUCUGAGUGUCUGGACAGCGAGGCGGAGACGGUGAUGCAGCUGCGCAGCGAGCUCAGGGAGAAGGAGAUGAAGCUGACGGACAUCCGCCUGGAGGCCCUAAGCUCCGCCCAUCAGCUGGACCAGCUGCGGGAGGCCAUGAACCGCAUGCAGCUGGAGAUCGAGAAGCUGAAGGCGGAGAAUGACCGUCUGAAGCUGGAGAAUCAGGGCAGCAGGACGGGCUCCCAGGUCUCCAUCUCGUCCUCUCCUCCCCCUCACGCACACAGCCAGGCCCCUGGAACCGGUCCGGGACUCGCCCAGCACAGCCUCAACCUCACCACCAGCGAGUCCACGAGCCUGGAUAUGCUGCUGGACGACACCGGCGGAGACGGAGGGAUGAGGAAGGAGGGGCGACACGUGAAGAUUGUCGUCAGCCUGGACGAAGACAGCAAGUGGGGAGAGGAGGGCCGUCCUCGCCAUUUUCUGAUUGGUUGCAUUGGUGUAAGCGGUAAAACCAAGUGGGAUGUCUUGGACGGAGUGGUCCGACGCCUUUUCAAGGAGUACAUCACUCAUGUGGACCCGAUAAGCCAGUUGGGCCUCAGCUCAGACAGCGUGGAGGGAUACAACAUCGGAGAAAUCCACCGGCCCAGCAGCGCCGCGCACACGCCCGAGCUGCUGCCCUGCGGCUACCUGGUGGGAGACAGCAACACCAUCAACAUCCAGCUGAAAGGUGUGAGCAGCGAGAACGUGGACUCACUCGUGUUCGACACUCUGAUCCCGAAGCCGAUGCUGCAGCGCUACGUCUCCCUGCUGAAGGAGCACAGGCGUGUCAUCCUGUCAGGCCCCAGCGGGACAGGGAAGACCUACCUGGCCAAUCAGCUGUCUCGACACCUGCUGCAGCUGGAGGGCCGACCUCUGACCCCGCACGCCGUCGUCACUUUCAACGUGGACCACAAGUCCAGCAAGGAGCUGCGUCAGUACCUGUCAGGUCUGGCUGAGCAGUGCGGUGGUAUCCCGGGGGCAGACGGCCCUCUGGUGGUCAUCCUGGACAACCUGCACCACGUCAGCUCAUUGGGGGAGAUCUUCAACGGCGUCUUCAACUGCAACUACCAGCACUGUCCAUACAUUAUCGGCACCAUGAGCCAAGCCACGUCAUCUGCCCCUAACCUGCAGCUUCACCACAACUUCAGGUGGGUGCUGUGUGCCAACCACAUGGAGCCGGUGAAAGGCUUCCUUGGUCGCUACCUGAGGAGGAAGCUGAUCGAGAUGGAGAUCGGCAGCCGGAUGCGCAACAUGGAGCUGGUGAAGAUCAUCGACUGGAUCCCGCGGGUUUGGCACCACCUGAACCGCUUCCUGGAGACGCACAGCUCCUCUGAUGUCACCAUCGGACCUCGUCUCUUCUUGUCCUGUCCCAUGGACGUGGAGGGAUCCAGGGUUUGGUUCACUGACCUGUGGAACUACUCCAUCAUCCCCUACAUGCUAGAGGCUGUACGAGAGGGACUACAGCUGUACGGCCGCAGGGCUGCCUGGGAGGACCCCGCUGCCUGGGUGAUUGACACUUACCCGUGGUCAGCCACCCCGACUCCAGCCGAGUGGCCCCCGCUGCUGCAGCUCCGCCCGGAAGAUGUGGGUUUCGAUGGCUACUCUGCCCCGAGAGAAGGAGUCAGGAAAGAGCCGCCGCAGAGCGACAGCGACGCAGACCCGCUGAUGAACAUGCUGAUGCGUCUGAAGGAGGCGGCGACGUCGUCGAGCCCGCAGAGCUACGACAGCGACUCCAACAGCAACAGCCACCAGGACGACAUCCUGGACUCGUCGCUGGAGUCGACCUUGUGAUGCCGUUCAAAACGCAACACGGGGACCUCUACUUGAGAGCGUAACAUCAUGCCACAAAAUCCAGCCACCUUAAUUUGGGUGCAGGUAACCCAAAUAUUUAAAAAGAGGAGAAAAAAAACAAAGUACAACUUGCAUUUCAGAAAAUGGGCAACAAAAGUUUCUACUGCACUGCUGUUUUAUUUUUUGGUUUGUUUGGUUUCUUUCACCGCUGUGGCCCAUGGCUCCUCUGCCAGGAGCCUGACUUUUACAUGAGACUGAUUAAAAGCACACAGUCUGUCACUGAGGCGCCAUCAUUUCCACCAUCACCAGCCGCCAGCGCACCUGAACACCAGCCAGAAGUCCUCCAUCCACCAUUGAGCCUCGGCAUCAGCUCGUCGGGCCCAGCAUGCUCUGGCUGGGCUGCACCAGCUGCAGUGCACCUGAGCUGCCUGCAGAUGGCGAUACAGACCCUCGCCUCUGGGGCAUCAGUGGGUCUGGCUUACCAGCUGCUGAGAGCACAGAUGAGUCUGGUGCUGCUGGUUGGACGGACGGACGGAUGCAUGAACAGCCAGAGGCUUUCUGUUCUUCCUCCUCCUCCUCCUCCUCCUCCUCCUGCUUCUCUAUGGCUCAAGUUGCUCAUGCGAAUGCUGGAGGAUAAAUGGAGCCAAAGUGAAUGUUAAGUCAGUGUGUUUGCGACUUGGGAAAUAAAAGUGGAGUUUGUGGAAACUCUGGAACCUGUCAUCAGUUUCGCCACACGUUUCAUGAUGCUGUAUUGAUUCUCAAGUACCCUGCACAGUUCACAUGCAGCGACUUGUGCCUGUGGUUCAUUUUGUGUCACGUUUAACCCAGCAACAACUUAACAGAUUACAGCACUGCAACAUAACAGCUUCAGCUGAGACGAGAAGCAAGCACAUAUCGCCAGUGUAAGCACAAGUCUAUGAAACAGUAUCACAGUAAACUGGAUCGUAGCGCCUGCUCUGUGAUGCGUAUCCUGUCGACGGAUUCUUGCUGAUACACGGCCUUGGUCCUCGGCGGUUACAUCCUGCCUCGCCUCUCGGAAACUGUUGUUCUACCAGAAAGUAGUUCCUUUAAAAUCGAGCAUAAUAACCUACUAAAUGCAUGUGUUUUAUUGCCCAAAAACACAACUGUGAAUGCAGACACCAGUCAGAAAUCCUGAACUCAAAAAGCCUUUCUCACCCAGUACAACAUCCAGGAUGAGGACAACAUCUGUGCAGAAUCCCUUUAGAGUCCUGUUUUGAGAACUGACUGGGAAAUAAACGUUCACUCUGGCUCGGUUUAUUCUUUUACCGCAUUAACCUUUGAGACAAUGUCCUUUUCUAUCUGUAUUGUGUCUAAGGCCUCCGCUGCUUCUGAGUUCUCGCUUUGACCACUUAAUAAUCCUUGAGAUCUCCAUGCACGCUGGCCCCAACAGGCUGCUGUAGCACAAAUCUCUUUAGGUGCUGGACCGAAUUCUAACGAAACAAUGCCUUACUCUUUUCUAACAGACUACGUGCGUUGGCCGAGUCUUCAUUUGUCUAAAUGGCUGUAAACUUAACAGGGCUCCGAGUCGACUCGCUCCUUGAGGGGCGGCGUCGACCUCGCAUCAUAUCAGACACCAAUGGCGUGCGAUUGAGACGUGAAUGGGAAGCAGUACUUCGGGUUUCAAACUAACGUGUAUGCAUGUAAGACCCAGUGCUGUGAAGCUGGUGUAAAUAUAUGGACCGCUAGCAAGACAGAUAAUAUAUAUAAAUAUAGACAUAGAUGUGUGUUUUGGUGCUUGAAAUCAGAACCGUUUUGAGGUUGACUGAGUGAGGAAAGUUUAGGACGGAUGUGUUGAUUUUAUACCUCAUGCCCAUCCUUUAACUGUGCUGUCGCUAUGCUCAUGGUCUGGUUUUGAUUAUGUGAUUUGUGAUGAACAAGACUGUCCUAACAAACAUGUUGAACUAAUUCAGUGAAAGUUAGUGUAAAUGCUGCUUUGUUUGUAGUCAUAAUUAAUCUGAGAUUAAAGGUAUAAAAAGGUACUUGAGGGCGACUGGUAACGUAAAAAAUGAUUUGACAUCAUUUCCGUGGCUUAAAAAAAAUAAAGAAUAUUGGACUUUUUUUUUCUUUCUUAGCUUUAAGCCUCCCAGCCUGCCUUCUGCGAAGGGCAGGCGGAUGUUUAAAGCCGGGGUCGUGCAUCGCUUUCAGUGUUCCUGUCACCGAUCCUAUGCAACGUUCAUUCUGAUCUGCAAAUGGAAGGCAAAAGCUGAAUGUGCGUUUUCAUCACUGCCGAGACGUACAGCAUGGAAGCAGAGUUUUGAAGACUUUUGUCCCCCCGUGUCCUUUGUCCAUACGUGUGUCUGUAUUGUAUAGAGGCUCUCCUGCUGCGGUCCUUGUAAGCACAAAGAGACUGACUGCGUCUGUCUUGUGUAGCGCCUGCUCUCAGAGGUGUGGAUGUUGUUGAAGCAUUUGACCAGUCUGUCAGUUUAUUAACUCACAAACUCGAUGAAUGUUUAGCCUUCUUUGCGAUGUACAUUUUUUAUAUGUAAGAUAACUUUGUAAAUAGUUGAUUAUCUCGCAGCAUUUUGAUGACUUUUUCUAGCUGAUUUGUAACGGUACUUGAAACGGAGUAUUUUGUGUACAGUCUCUUUACAUCAGAGCAGAUUGGUGCUGUUUGUCAUCACCGGUUUGUCCAGGGCUCGGAGAAUUAAAAAAAUCUAUCACUGUACUAGUCUUAAGUUAUUGUGAUUCAAUAAAAUUAAUGAUUAUUUAUGAUUGAAA